AAAAUUACCAUCCUAACCUAUACCAAACAUACAUAUAGCCUACGUUUACUUAUCAAGCUUCGCUUUUUAGGUCGGUAAAAUGAAUACUGCGUUUAAAGAGAAAUCGUCAGAUUCUUGUGAGGAGUAUUUUACAAAAUUGAAAGAUAUCAAUAUUACAACUGUGGACAGUUUUCAGGCAAGUAGAAUGUUCGAAUAUUCUUUGUGCAUCGUACGCGAGAAAUAGACGGGAGACAUAAACGGCAAGCGAAGAAGUAAAUUUCGGGAAACAUGUGCGCAUUAUAUAUAUUGUAUUGUUUAUAUGUACUAUUCAGUAUUUAUUAUAAGUAAACGCAUGCUUUGAGGGAAAUUAGUGAUUAAAUGACCCCGCACACCGAGAGAGGUUUAGUAAAACGCCCGUAAACCUCCCAAGGUUUUUAGGGGUCAUUUAAUCACUAAUUUCCCUGAAAGCGUGCGUUUAGUUUGUAAUUACAUGGUAGCCGAGGGAAUCAUGCGUGUUGCGUUGGUCUCUUUUGAAUGCUGUUUGAUUGUGGGAUGAACACUUUUCAUAUAUACGCACGCGCAGAAACCCAUCUCCGUGUUCAUUCUUUUUAGACAUGCGCAUAAACGGAAUUUUCUCCCACAAUUGAAAUGUUCAAGAUUGUGGAAUAAAAACUGGCAAAGUGAUUGUUAGUAUGUGUACGGGACGGUGUCGUCAGACACUGCAUGUCCAUAGUUGUGCCGAUGAUUUUCGAUGAGGUACAGCUCUCCAUUGGGGUAAUGAGGUACACUUUUGUCUAAAUUUCCCUCAUCAAGCAUGCAGGGCAAAAUUAGAAGACAAAGAAAUAAUUUCCCAGGGAAAUUUAGAAGACAAAAGCGUAUGCAUGGGUAAUGAGGGAAAUACGUGAUUAAACGCCCCUGUUGAAACAAAAGAAGCUUUAUCACUUCACUAAUUCACUACUUGAUGUUAUAUUUUAUGGCUCCGCGGUUUGCCACCAAAAAGCAUAGCGGACAAGGGCUGUCGCGUGGAGCAUGCAUGGCGAGCAUGAGUCUGUCACCCGCAAGAUUGCUGUAUAAAUGGAGUAAAAAAACAUUAAAAUCUUGAUAGCAGUACUUGGCAAUUUAGAAGAAAAAUUUUCUAUAUGAUAAAUAACUGUUUCCAACGCAAUUUUUCCGAAACAACGUGCAGUUCGUAAUUAUUUUGUCAUUACAGAAAAAUAGUUCACGAAGAAAAAACGUCACGUUGAAGUUCAUGCAGUAACCGUAAAUUUUGUUCGUACUUUUUUGAAAGCCAUCAGAAAGAAUUAAAUACAUUAUUUAUACAGCAUGAUACAUAGCACAACAUGAGAAUACCUCCUCACGUACAGGAAAUGCCAGAGUAUAGAUUCAUUAGGCUCAUUCAAUUUUUACAGCUUUAGAUUAACUGCAUUCAACAUCUAGCAAAAGCCUAAAUUUCUCAGUGUAUUCCCAACCCCGACGGGGACAGACACAAAACCACUUACAAGAAUAGCGAUAAAUGCUCUCUGGAUUCACAUGCAGAUAAUUAUAAAUUCGGAAAUAAUUCAACUGGGUAUUUUCUCGGAGGUUAUCAUCUUCACCCAGUAAGAUCGUCGCCAUUACUGGAAUCGGACAAACAAUUUGAAUGUUGCCUUGUGUCCAACAUGACAUUUUUAUAAAGUACUGGAAUAAUUUUGAAUAUUCCUGUAUUUACAUGUAUAGCUUACAAACAAUAGUUAAAAUAGUCAAAAUCUGCAGUUUAGAAAGCCUAUAUUGUCUAAAAUAUUCGGUGGAUCAACCUCCAAUUUUCGUUAGCCUAUUAGCUACACCACCAUGAUUUAUGCAUGAAACGAUAUUUAAAAAUACCAUGUCAGCUGGAGCAAAUAGAAAAUAUGUGCACAUCGAAAGUAUGUUAGAACAUGGUUGGAAACUUAACUUUUGAUAUAUCUAAACAUUUUGAGGUAAACCAAGUGCUUCUUGUUGGUAAACAUCUUAGCGUUUUGAAGUCGAGUAAAAUUAAUGGUAAAAAACGUUAAUUUAGAAGAUCAAGGUUGUUUCAGUUUAAAUUUCAUGUUAUUUAUAUGAACACGUUUUAGGGAGAGGAAAACAAAGUGAUUCUGCUAUCACUGGUUCGAAGCAAUAACAAAGAUAAGAUCGGUUUCUUUGCAAAGAAAAACCGGAUAUGCGUCGCAAUUUCAAGAGCUCAAUGUGCCCUGUAUAUAUUUGGAAAUAGCAGCGUUUAUUCUUCUUCACAAAAUUGGAAGGUCAGGUUUAUAUAUUUUCUUUCUCGUUUAAGAGUCAAAUUUUACAUCACAGAGACCGGUUGUUCGAAAACCGCACGGUUAGCUUAAUCUUGGGUUGACUAUAAACUUCAAAGCAAACUUUUCGAAAAGUGUUUAUUAACUUGAGAAGUCUCUUUCGAUUAAUGGAACUUUUGGUUACUGAAAUCUGAAAAGAACAGACGUGCAAAAUUACACAUAAGCAGUGCGUUACCUAAGGUGUACGCUGAUAAUUUUUUAGUAACCUGGCAGGAGGUGGUGUGAGGUGGAGUGAAAUGGUGUGCGUUAUAUUCAAUAAUGCCUGUUUAUUUGAUAAGCAGGGGUGUGGUGACAUAAUAAAGUUAUUAAUAUCGAAGGCGCUUUUAUGUUGGGCAUGUUUCGAUAGACAUAGAUGGGCAGUUCAUUGUUUUGGAUGUGUUAAUGACCCCUUUGCACUUUAGCUAACAACGAUCUGUUGACUGCACUGCAAAUAUAAAUUUGAUCGACAGUGAUCCAUCCUAAUAAGUAGAAUUCGUAGAACCAAUAACAAAUGUUAAGCAAGAGUCAAAGACAGAAAUGUUCUUAUAAGCUACUUAACUUUUCUACCAUGAGUCACUCGCACCACACCACCUUACAUCACUUCACUUUACCUCACACUACCACAUUACUACAUACCACAUCUUAAACUAAUACAUACCACAUCAUUCCAUUUCAAUGCCCCUCACUCCACCUCACUUCUCACACAACAGCUCAUCCCUACAACUUCCUUAACUUCAAUUCACUUUACUCAACCUUAAUCUUCCCACACUAGACAACACUUCAUUCUUCCAUAUUCCACUAAAUUUCUGCCUCACUUCUUCCAAAUUACUUCACUCCACAUAACACCACUUCACGUCACCUGGAGUAAUAAAGCUAAAGUAAGUCCAGUUAUUAGAAGCCAAAUCGAUCCAAAUUUUGUCCUUGUUUUAUCGGGUUUACUUCAUUCUAGAAAUAAUUAAGCGUUUACCAACCAAGAUGCCACGUAACAGACAAACUGGAAGAAACGGUCUCUACCGUAAAACAUCAGUACAGGUGCUCGGUUUGAUAUCUUACGGUGAAGUCCUCAUUAAAUAGUAAUUAUAUACUGCAUGAGUUUGAGGAUUGACACUUAUUGACCGAGGGAAAUAUGUUGUUUUCCGAAAAUCCCAGUCAAAAAAUAUUUUAUUAUAUAUACUGUAGCGAUCUAGGUAUGCAAGGGAAAACAAAACAAAAAACGAGAAAGAAACGAUAAAGCGUCAUAUAUUUUCUUAUUACCUGAACGAUUUUAUGUUUCACUGGUUAAUGGCAGUAUCGUCCACCAAUCAGACUUUUUGUCCAAUUCGAUGCAACCCAACAUGACCUUUGACACUUGGUAUAUACUGUAAUUACUUUAAUGUAGGGCGUAGCAUCGCAAAAAAACAAGAAAAACAGAUACGGAAUUGACUAAGAAACUGACUAUAACUAAUUAUAUCCCUUCUUCCUGUUUCAAUGUGUAGAAAAUUAUAAAUUUAUUGGAGGAGAAACGCUUGGUUAGUGGGAAGUUUCCAUUCAAAGAAGAGUCUGAUGGGGUGAGAUAAAUGAAAAAUUAAUUUUUUGUGCUGAAAAGCACCUUUUAGUUUGUUUAAAUUAUUUUUAAUUUUGUUCACAUGUUUUUUAACAUGGCGGCUCCAGGGAGAACCUUACUACUGAUGGAGUCACUUUGGUGAAAUAAAGAUUAGUAAGCUUUACUUACAAACAAACAAACAGAAAACCAAACAAGCAAACAAAUAGACAAUUUACCACUUUUAAACUGUUCAAAACGCUUAGCCUUAGACAAAAUUUUCUGUGCAUACAAUCUUCAUUGUUUGAGCGAAACUAUAAUUUGUAAUUACAGGUAGACUUGAAAAACAGUUUCUUCAAUUUAAACUUAUAAAAAAUAACUGUUAGAAAGAUCUGGAAAUUAGUGAUCUGUGAACAGGCAGUAAAAUAUGAAAUAAAAUAAACAAAGGCCAACAGACAGCUAAUGGAUUGGCUGGCUAUUAAUAAAAAGUACUUACAUUGGAUCACUUUCAUACUAUUGUUUCCUGCACUCAAGCAAAUUCGGGAAGUAUUCGUUUUGUUGCGCGUAAGGAUAUUUUUGGGAGCGCUGGAGGCAAAUGUAACAAUAGGUCGUGGGUAGAAUAUUUACAUAGGUUACAUAGAUGUGCACCCGCUCUUCUCGUGUAAUGUAAAGCUUAUAUGUAAAGCUUCCAUGUGCUUCUAAGGUUUAAUGUAUAUCUGUGGAUUUCCUGCCUAUAUAACCAAUUCUAAGUUUUUCGGCACAUGUAUUAUGAGUAUCUGAGGUAAUUAAGAAAUCACAUCCUGUGUAAAAGACAUAAAAUAUAUAGAGGAUAUUACACGGAGGCGCGAAGAUAUGACUUUUUAUCUUCGAGUGGUGAAAAUAAUAUUUUACGAACGAGCGCAGCGAGUGAGUAAAGUAUUGUUUUUAAUACGAGAAGAUAAAAGUCAUAUCUUUCAAGCCAACGUGUAAUGUUCUGUUUAUUAUAUAGUCCCAAGCAAAAAAUUGUAUAAACAUUAAAAGUCAUGUGAUCGAUAUCUUCACUAGUGAAGAUAUGGAAAGUAUGUCACUGUGUAUUUCUCAGUAUCUCACUCUCUACUAUAUAAUAAAAAUAAGUAAUUAAUGUGCGUUUCUGUUUUAGAUUGACGCGGCAAAAGGUAAGGGAUGAUGGGCCUGUCGAACAUUUUUAAGUGUUGUUAGCUUUGUAGCCCUUUCCAGUAUGUUCUCAUAUAUUGCUAUUAUGCAAUUUAGAUGAAGUUUGUGACACAACGAAACUAUCUCAUCGGGAACUUACUCGAUUGUCUCUAAAGAUUGUCGGGAAAUAUAAUGAAAUUGCGGGAUUGGCUAACCUAGAAAAAUGUAAAGUAGAAAACGUGAAUCUGGAUCCCUUUAACUAUCCAGAGCCAAAGGACAAGGCCAAAAAAGUUUUAAUUAUGAUCAGCGACCAAACCAACUUCAGCCGUAAAGGACUGGGUAAUUAUUUAAAAGAAGUAGGAUUACACGACCUGGUGGAUGAAGUGGUACAGGGAACAUUAAGGUAUAAUUGUCCUGAUGAUGCUGGUUCGCCAAAUGAAACUAACGAAAGUUAGAUUGUAUGCAUGUAAACGAGUAGAUGAGUAACGAAUACUUUUUGAAUUUGUUGGUGUUAUGUACUAAGGUGAAUAUGAUGUUUGUGGUGUUAUUCUGAGUGUGCAUCUACACCAGCAAGCAGGAAAGCUUGCCUGAUCACGGUGAGAAUCGAAUAUACCUCUGAGUAUAUGUACCCUCGUCUAAACAUUAAUAACUUAUCCUGGACUCAUUCAUGCACAUCCAUCAAAAGAAGAAAAUCGCACCUAAAAUCGCAGCAAAAAUUUCAAGUGUAAACGAGCCUUAAUGCUGUCGUUACUAGAAAUUGGCGACAAAAUGGUCACAGCUUGUACACUAAUUUGCAUAUUAUCCCUUUACAAAGGCCUUCAAUUUUCGACGGGGAAUGUUACAGAGUGAAAAUAUUUAUCUCGAAACUAUGGCAAUCCGAAAGCUUGGCUAGUGUUUGCUGACCUCGUGUUCACUGAAGUAGUCAUUUACUAAAGUUUUGGUGGCAUAUUUAUUCAGGUCGGGUAUUAUUCCGAGCGCCAAAUCGUGUUCAAAAACAUCAACUUUUAUGUCAACUUUUUAUGACUGGUUAAACUGCUGAGGGAUUACGUUUUGAGAUUUUUAACUCUGUUUGAGUUAAUUUAUGGAGAAAUCCAUAAGGUAGACCUUGAGCAAUACUGCUUGAUGUUUUACUCCCCGAUUUAGUGACUUGUAUAAAAAAUGGUUGUUUUUACACUGUGCUGUUAGUAGAGCCCAAGCGUAGAUUAGAGUGUAGGCAACGAAUUAUUAUUUGGCCGCUCGUGGAGAUAUCCUCUCUGAUUGAACGUGCCUCAAACCUUAUCAAAAUGAUUGUUUUAUUCAUCGCGAUGUCGGCGAACAGUAGUAUACUGUCUGGUUGCCAAUUGAAAUAUUUUCACCCUAUAUUUUCUCUGUUAAAAAUGGAAGGCCACUGCAUGUGAAUCAUAUUAUAUGCAAAUUGGCAUAGAAGCGAUUACCAUUUUGUCGCUUAUUUCUGGUAACAGACUGAUUUAGGAAACACGACGCGAACUGAAGAUAAAGAAAUUCUUUAUGCAAAACAAAAAGUUUGAAUAAUUUAUGAUCCCAGGCGUAUCCUCAACAGCAACAUAGCCGUUUGUAAGAUUAUUUAAAAAGCUUUCAUUUAUAAACAGUAAUCAAGGUCCUUAGCUCUCAAUCUUGAGCUGAAAUUAGCCCGCCUCGUCGUGUUUGCCUCUUCGUCUUCCCUAAAUCUGUCUAAUGAGUGACUUCUACGUCGGGAUUAAUUAAGAGACAAUAUUGAGGCUCAAUAAAGAGGACAAUUUUAAUUUGUUAAAUAAGUUAUAACCUAUACUUACAAUAUAUUAAAUUUUAGGUAUAGUCACAGGUGCAUUUGUAUGUUCUCUGGCAAAGAACUGGGGUAUUAAGAGGCAAUUUUUUUCAAUGUCACGUAUUUGCGAUGAAAAGUGUUCAAAACGUAAAAUCUUUUAGGCGUUCCUUUCAAAAUUACUUUGUUUUAGUUUUAUUUUGUAGUUUAGACAGUUAGCAACCUUUUUAAAUGUAUCUGGCAGUCGAGGAACACAAAUAAUAGUUAAAUAUUGUCAAUUUAAAUACAAUUAGGACUAUCGUUGAUGCUGUAAAUUUGACGCCAUAUUUAUACAGCAAUGUAAGCAAAACUUACCGAACAUCAGACAUAAUUUUCUCUUUGGUGUACAAUCGAAAAUGUCUUCAUUUUAUAAUUAUUUUACAUGUAAAGCACUAAACAUACUUUUUAAGUUUGUAUUGCGAUUGGGAAACGUAUCAAAAUAUAAAAUUUUUUAAUGUAGUCAUAACGGCAAGUGGUACACUAUACUGACAUUAGUUUUGAGCGCGUGUUACGUAAUAUACAAGAAAAUCUCCUCUUAAUAAACAGUCUUAUUAUAUGGACAAUGGUGUUUCAUCGCAAACUAAAACACUCGUAGAACAACAGGUAGGAAAUUUGUCGUCGCUGACCAAAAAAUCGCGGGCAGAAACAAAGCUCAUUGCAUUUUACAUUCAAAACAAAGCAGAAAGUUAGCAAGAAGCUGUUUUAGCUGACGAUUUUUUGCUUUCCAUUCAACGAUUUACAAAUUAACGGUUAUUCUUUUAAAAGUCGACUAUGAAUUCUUUGUUUUGGGAUGAUUUGUUUUGUAAUCGAGUGAUUGGAAGAAGUUAAUAUGGCGACGUGAACAUGGGAGUAAAUACCGUAUACGUCGAUCUGUGCGAGGAUCUGUGGCUUGUUUAAAACCGUAAUAAACGAAGAAAGACGUGAUAUGAGAAUGAAAUGUAAGUUGAAAUUAACUUUAUAUGCCUCAAAUUUUCCAUCCUAUGUUUCUUA